GACUAAGAAAAAACAGAAAGAAAGAAAAAUCAUCAAGGAAAUGAAGAAAAAUCAAAGUUAACAGUUGACCUUAUGUCCUUAUCUGAAGUCUUCCUCUUAACAGUUUAUGGUUUUGAUUAAUUAAUCUCCACUACCGCUAGUUUUCAGUCCCAAAUACCAUCAUCAUAAUUCAUAUCUGAAAUUAAGCACCAAUUUUCCAUGGCAACUCAUGAAUUACACAUAAUUCAAUACUCAUCUUUGAGUGCACUUUUGCUGCAACUUCUUCAACUGUCAUCAUUUCUUUUCCUCUCAUCACUUGGGUGCACUCCACCAGACAAGUACUGUAUCAAUUGUGGGUCGCACAGCAAUGUUGUUGAAAGCGGAAAGAUUUACACUGGUGACUCAAACUCUUUAGUCAAUUUUAGCAGCACAAGCAAGAUAGAAACCAGCCAAUCCUCAGUGUCUUCACCUCUCUACCAAACAGCAAGAAUCUUCCCAAAUCAAUCUUGGUAUGACUUCCCAGUUAAGAUCAGUGGCAUUUACUUACUACGCCUUCACUUCCUUGCUUUCAAAUCCCCAAGUAAUCUCCCUUCUGCCACAUUCAGUGUCUCAGUACAUAGAUUUGGGCUUUUGCAAAACUUUGAGGCCCAGAACCAUACCAAUUCUGCUUCGGUCAAAGAGUUCUUCAUGAACAUAACUGCAGGAAGCUUCAGACUUAUUUUUACUCCUCAGACAGACUCGUUUGCAUUCGUGAAUGCCAUUGAACUCUUCUUACUCCCCCGCUUCUUAAUUGCCAAUCAAGUCUCGCGUUUCAAUCCGCAACCUUCCAUUGGACAAGAUUCCUUGUCCACCUACAGCGGCGUGCUUUCCCGAGUGUUGGAGACCAAAUACAGGCUUAACAUCGGCGGUCGUGUCAUCCCAAGAGGGGAAGACCCAUUAUUGAGGCUCUGGAGCUCGGAUGAAACUUACCUUGUUAAUCAGGUGAGGAAUUUUGAAUUCCCUGGUAACAUAACAUUCCUGGUUGGUAAAGACUCUGAUGGUCCAAAUGCUAAUUAUUAUACAGCGCCCCGUGUUAUCUACCAAACAGCUAGAGAAACUAAUGAUACCUCUCAAAACAUAACUUGGGUUCUUCCAGUUGACAUGAAUGUAGACCACCUUGUUCGAGUUCACUUUUGUGACAUUUGGAAUAUCCAGGAUGGUCUUACAAUCUUUGGUCUAUACAUUUAUGACCAGUUUACUUUGUUUGUAAAUAAUGACACGUUAGUGUCUCAACUAUUGCCUGCUCCUUAUUAUUAUGAUUUUUUGGUACACUCUGAUGAUUCAGGCUUCAUGAGGAUUAGUGUAGAGCCACAACAAUCUUCCCUUAUUGUCAGAGCCUUUUUAAGCGGACUAGAAAUAAUGGUAAUGGGUAACGAUUCAACAGAUUUUCGUCCCCUAACGGACCAAUCCAAUGGCAACCACCAUAGUCUUCUUCUGGUGUUAGGUUCAGUUAUUGGAUGCUUGGUGCUAAUUUUUUUGGUGGUAGUCUUGGGGUUAGUUUGGCAUCUUAAGAUCCGUAAACAGAGGCCUUCUGAUGUGUUGUCAAUUCCUACCAUUGUAGGAGAGGGUUCUCCAAACAGAACGAGUGAGAGAAACGUUAAUCUUGGACUAAAGAUCUCUUUGCAUGAUAUUCAAUUGGCAACCGAGAAUUUCGACGAGAAACAAAUAAUUGGAACUGGUGGUUUCGGCAAUGUAUACUUGGGAGUCCUCAGGAAUGGUACAAGAGUAGCUGUGAAGCGCAGUAAAUCAGGGUCAAGUCAAGGCCUUCUGCAGUUUGAAACAGAGAUCAUGGUUUUGUCUAAGAUUCGUCACAGGAACCUUGUUUCUUUGAUAGGGUAUUGUGAGGAGAAUUCUGAAAUGAUAUUGGUUUAUGAAUAUAUGGAGAAUGGGGCACUCAGAGAUCAUUUAUACGAUACCAAAUUGCCAAGCCUGUGUUGGAAGCAGAGACUUGAGAUUUGCAUUGGAGCUGCCAAAGGCCUUCAUUAUCUUCACGAAGGAGCACCCGGGGGAAUCAUCCACCGCGAUGUGAAGUCUACUAACAUAUUGCUUGAUGAGAACCUCGUGGCUAAGGUUUCAGACUUCGGCAUUUCGAAAACAGCUCCACUUGACCAUCAAACACAUGUUAGUACUAAUGUCAAAGGCACUUUUGGGUAUCUUGAUCCUGAAUAUUUUAAGACGGAAAAAUUGACAGAAAAAUGUGAUGUCUAUUCAUUUGGGGUAGUUCUUCUCGAAGUGUUGUGUGCAAGGCCAACCAUUGACCAAUCUCUUCCAAGAGAGCAAAUGAACUUAGCAGAUUGGGGAAUCCUUUGCAAAAGAAAAGGGAUGUUGCAAGCCAUAAUUGAUCCUUCCAUAAAGGACCAAAUAGAUCAAAACUCGCUCGAAAAAUUUAGUGACAUAGUGGGAAAAUGCCUACAAGAAUAUGGUUCUAACAGGCCAACCAUGGGUGAAGUGUUGCGGAGCUUGAAGUAUGCUCUACAUUUACAUGAAGCUUCAAUCCACGAAGAUGGUUCCAGUAUUGAGAGCGUUAAUAAUAAUGCAGCAAAAGCUUUUUAAUUUCUUUCUGAUGUUGCUCCUUAAAUAUUAGAAAAUAUUGUUCUGGGAAACUUAUUGCCUGAACUUAUACUACAGGAUUGAGGUGGCAUGUUACAAGUAUUUCUAUGCUAUCUGUUUUUCUCUUCGUGUCCUUUUAUGUUUUCAUCUCAUCACACGCUUUUAUUUGUUGUUCUGGUUGAGAAGCUAAUUUUUUUUUGGUCUUUUGUUGAGAAGCUACUUUAGCAUUCUUAAGCAAACUGUUGGGCCUUUUAGACUUUUAGAACUACACUGCUGCAGUAUUGUCACUAAUGCUGUUAUGCAGCAAAUAACGAUUUCAAAUUA